GCCGGGCCCCUGCCGGUGUCGUGGGGCGGCGGCGAGGCAGAGCGGCCCCCGGAGGGCAUUUUCCGGAGCCGAGCGGGGCCGGAGAUCCGGCAGGAAAUGGAAGGAUGAAGUGUGCAGCCGAAGCGGUGAUGCUUGUUCUCUCCUCGCUUUCCCCUGCAGGAAUGUAAUCCGCAAUGCUAGUUCUCAGGUUGCUCAAUGUUGUUGCUCCAGCCUACUUCUUGUGCAUCUCCCUAGUGACCUUCGUCCUCCAGAUCUUUCUCUUCAUCCCCAGCAUGUUCAGAGACCCUUCCACCACCUCACUUCUCUCUCCUGCUCUGCUGCAUGGGGCCCUCUUCCUCUUCCUCUCAGCUAAUGCCCUGGGCAACUACGUGCUUGUGAUCCAGAGCUCCCCUGAGGACUUGGGCAAGGGCUUAAACUUGGGUGAAGGAGCCGAAGUGGUGGCAGACUGGCUGGAUGGAAGCAGGUCCCCUGGCUCAGCCUUGCCCAGCACUCACUUCUGUAGACUGUGUGCCAGAGUCACCCAGAGGCAUGACCACCACUGUUUCUUCACAGGGAACUGCAUCGGGAGCAGGAACAUGCGGAACUUCAUCAUGUUCUGCCUCUACACCUCCCUGGCUUGCCUCGACUCCCUGGUGGCAGGCAUGGCUUACAUUUCUGUUGCACUCUCCAUGUCCUUUGCAAAUCCACUGGCCUUCCUCACCCUUCUGCCUCACUCCAUCAGCCAGUUCUUUUCAGGAGCUCUCCUUAGCUCUGAGAUGUUUGUCAUCCUCAUGCUCUACCUUUGGCUUGGGAUCGGCCUGGCCUGUGCUGGCUUCUGCUGCCAUCAGAUGCUGCUGAUCUUACGGGGGCAGACACGGUACCAGCUGCGGAAAGGGAUGGUGGUAAGAGCUCGACCCUGGAGGGAGAACCUGCAAGAGGUCUUUGGGAAGAGGUGGCUACUAGGACUUCUCAUCCCUGUGCUGAAUGUUGGAAAUGACUACCAUAGGCAGAAAGAGAAAUAAAAUCCCAGAGGGUGCGUGUGCAUCUCAUACACACAACACCUUCCCUGUUCUCUCCCACUCUCUCUGAAUCUCUGAAGAGUUGGACUAGUCCAUCUCUCGGGAUUGCAGCCUCUGUGGGAGGAAAGGACUGGCUAACUAACAGAAUAAAUUUAGCAUAUUAACAAGGAGAUCACACACCAUGUAGAUGAAGAGAUACUGCAGCUUAAUAGUCACAUCACUGCACCUGUGUACAUGGCAACAGUCUUUGAACUAGCAGAAAAAUCAGUCAGCCCCUCCUAUGGCUUCCUGCCCAACUUCUCCGGCCCCCAGCUCCCAUCAGCCAGCCUGUACCUUCCCUAAUGAAUUGCAGCAGGAGCUUUCAGAGAGCUUGGGCUGUUGUGGUAGACUGUAAGAACAGGGAGUUCUUUGGGAGGGUUUUGUAGGGUGUCUUUGGCUCUUACAUACCUAAAGCAACUUUAUGAUACUGAGAAGCCUUUAGUGAUAGAACUGCAAUGUAAGUGAGCUACCCUAGGAGCAGGCUGUGCACAUGGCUAGGAAGGUGGAUAGACUUUCUCUCCACAAGCUAGAAAAUCGAGGAGAAAACAAAGAGAAAUCCAAAGUUUCUCCAUUUCUGCACUUGAUAAGUGAGGACUGUAGCUCUGCUACUUAGUUUCAGCUGCCCUUUGCCCAGUGACACAGUCCCAGCAAAGCUGCACUUCUGACAGAGAGCAGCCAGCAGAUAAAUCAUCAUGCGGAGACACAAGGAAAGAAAACCACCAAGGUGACUGAAAAGGCUAUAUCUGAGAAGCUGUACGUCAUGGCAGGCUGAGUGAGAGAGGGGGAAGUGUGCACAUGCACGGAGCCGAGAGGAGGGUGCCAAGAGCCCUGCUGGCGCGCGUGAGCCCUGAUGCAUCACCCUGCCAGACAGGACGCCUGCAUUGUUUGUGCUAUGAAGAGUGGAGACUCCCAGAAGACAGGGAGGUUUUCCAGCUGAUCAGAACACUUCACACUAAAAACAAAACCAAAAAUGUUUACCUCAGACGUCCCUGCCACACCACCUUUAUAGGCUCUCCAGGGCAAUUCCUUCUCGCAUUGCCGCAGAGAGGUAUUUUCAUCCAUGUUCUAACUCCAUUAAGGAGGUUAAUGGAAUUACUACAGGGAUUAAUCAGCCUAAUGAGUCCGUUGGUUUCCAGCAACAGCCCAUGAGAUCAGUGCUGAGAUCCUACACUACCAGGUGCCUUAAGAAAGGAUACCACGACAUCUCUGCCAGGAUCAUAGCACUGGACUCCCCAGCAGCUGUAACAAGAAGCCUGUGUUUUGGCAAACUGCAUCAGCUUCCAUGGGCUGGGUGGGAAGCCAUUGCUUCUCUUUAAUAGUCUGGGAAGUGUGGUGAUAAAGAGUGAAAAGCGAAUUUUCUUCCUCAAAAAAUGCUCUCAGUGCUUUUUGAAACCACACUCUGUUUCAUUCUCAUGUUUCUCACACGGCAGAGCAGAGGCACUCAUUCCUAUAGGCUUUGUAUAUGUCCUUCACAGCUUCAUACUUGUGUACGCGUUUGGAUCAGUAACAAACAAAGUCUAUUGUGAUGAGUGGAGUAAUCAUGGCAAUAUACUGAGACCCUCUCCCAGCUGGAUACUUAAAACAUAUAGUAUAUAAGUUCUUCCACACUAUGUGUGUGUGUGUUCAUACGAAUGCACCACUGUUUCUGUGUAUAAUAUGCUAACAGUGAACAAUAAAAAGUGUUCUGACUUUUUA